AUGUCUGCCCCCUACACUACCUUCUCAGCACACCCCUCUUCUUCCCGUCCGGUGACGAGUAUGUCGCGCGGCUGGACUGCGCAGUCUCGUCCCACUACUGCGCGUCCUCAGACCGCAGCCUCUUCGAAGCACGACCCAAGCUAUGUUGUCGCCGUGCUUGAGGGACGCGGUGUCGCGCGGGAGGUGGGUCUCGCUGCGCUAGACAAGGACACAGGAAGAGUGCUUCUGAUACAACUAGCGGAUAGUCCAACAUACAUCAAGACUUUGCACCAGCUUCACUUGCGUUCUCCUUCUCUCAUACUCGUGCCGGACACUUUCUUGUCUGUUUCAGACAUUUCUCUCGCCUCUGGUGGAAAGAAACCCUCGACUACCUCUGUCCUGGUCCAAUGCCUCAUGGAAGAGUUUGAUGUCCCGGUCGAACCAGUUCUUCGCAAGUAUUGGAACGAGAGCGCAGGUCUCGAUUUUGUGGAUCAGCUUACUGUUGAUGACGAGGAGAGAGCAGCUACGCUGGUGGCAGUCUCCACCAAGUAUUAUGCACUAUCAGCAGCAAGUGCACUGUUCAAACAUGCCGAAGCAAAGUUGAACAUACGAUUUGCGGCUACUUCACUUAUGAUCCGAUACGUCCAAGUGGAAGGAACAAUGAUGAUAGAUCCAGAGACGGCGCGUAAUCUCGAACUCAUCGGUAACAUUUCGCACAAGAGGUCUUCUCACUCGCUGUUCGGUAUGCUCAACCAUACCUUCACCGCUAUGGGUGCGCGACUAUUGCGCGUAAACGUCUUAUCACCUAUAUCCGUCCAGUCCUCUCUUGAAGCGCGACUGGAUGUCGUUGAAGAACUUGUUCAAAAUGAGGAUCGUUUCAAUGAAGUAAAGAAUGCGCUCAAGAUGCUUAACAAGCUUGACCUUGACAAGUUAAUUUCCUCAUUGGUUGCAUCCGAAGCGCGAGUGAUGAGUACCGCAAAGCCAGCGGCUGCGCGAGUGACGCAGAUGUUGAAUCUCCGUAAUGUUGUGAAGAACAUUCCGCUUCUCGCGAAAGCUAUGGAGGGGAGCCGGUCCCAGUUGCUUAGAGUAAUAGUGGAUAUGAUCUCUGACACGAGGCUCGCCAAGAUUGCGGAGCUCAUCGCCAGCAGUCUCAAUGACCAAGCCAUUUCAGCAAAGGGAGGGCUAGAAGCCGUCAAUUCUCGUGUAUAUGCUGUCAAAGCAAACUACAAUCGCCUGCUCGACGUCGCCCGGGAGACAUACAAGGAAAACGUUGGAGACAUCUUCACGCUGAACCGCGAGCUCUCUGAGCAGCACAACCUCCCGUUCACGCUCGUCUACCAGGACUCAGGGUUUGUCUUUGCGCUGAAGAAAGCCGACCUCGAAGGAGAGCUGCCGCGGGGGUUCCUGAGCGUGGUGCAACACAAAGGGCGUUGGCUGUUUUCCAGUUUGGAGUUGAAAAAGAGAAACGCUCGAAUGAAAGAUGCCCUAGACGAGACGUUGAUUUUGAGCGAAAGGAUCAUACAAGAACUGACUGCCGAGAUCAUACUUGACAUCGGCGCCCUCUAUAAGGCUUCCGAGGCGAUUGCAAUUGUGGACAUGCUGUGGUCCUUCGCUCAUGCCUCCAUCCUGCGUCCUGAGUUCACAGGGACUUUGGCCAUCAAAGCUGGCCGUCAUCCGGUGCUGGAAGGAGUCACAGCUGCUGGGACGCUCGUGCCCAAUGACGUCUACUGCUGCGAGGCAUCGUCAUUCCAGAUUAUACAAGGCAAGAGCACGUAUCUUCGGCAAGUCGGCCUUCUCACCAUCAUGGCAAUGUGUGGAUGUUUCGUCCCAGCAGAAUAUGGCAGCUUUAGGCUACAUGAUGCUCUUCUCACCCGUCUAAGUAAUGAUGACGACGUCGAGAAGAAUUUGAGCACCUUCGCCAAUGAGAUGGCAUCGUGCGCCAUGAUUCUAGGAAUUGCCACCGCCGACUCCCUCGUGCUAAUCGACGAGGUUGGGCGUGGGACGUCUCCUAUAGAAGGAGCCGGUAUUGCACACGCUAUAGCAGAGGAACUCAUCAGAAUCAAGGCCUAUGUAUUCUUUGCAACACAUUUCCAUGAGCUGGCGAUCACGCUAUCGCGCCAACCCUCCAAAACGCGGCGAUCUGCGUCCAACUUCGGGAUGACUUUUCAGUACAAGAUCGUCGAUGGAGCCCCCGAUGAUAUGAACCACUACGGCUUGGAACUCGCCCGCCUGGCCGACCUGCCUGAGGACGUGCUCGUCGAGGCCAAGCGAGUCUCAGAACAUCUGACCGAUAUGGAAGAGCGUGAACAGCGAGAGAGCCACACGAACAUGGUUGCCAUCCGGCGCAAGGCGCUGCUCAGGCUCCGGACUCAAUUGACGCAAGCUCUAGACCAUUCGACGCUGCCUGAUGCAGAAUUGGCGGACUAUAUCGCUCGCUUCCAGAGGGAUAUCACUCAAGUGCUGCAUGACACCCUGUAAUACGCGGGCUCCGGUUCUGAGACCGCCUGCUAAUGCGAUCGCGAACUCAUGUCGAUGCAAUACUGGUAUUCGGGCUCCCAGCUGUAACAUUGGCACAGGAACUAGGGC